AUGGUCUCUCCCUCGCUCUCUCUCUCUCUCUCGCUCUCUCUCUCGCUCUCUCUCUCUCUCGCUCUCUCUCUCGCUCUCUCUAUCGCUCUCUCUCUCUCUCACCCUCCCUCUCUCCACCCCCACCACCCCGACCACACAAUCGGCAAUAUACACAUUCAGCCUUUUCUCUUCUUUCGAUCCUCUCUCACGCCUCUAUGCUUAGAUUUGAAACAAUUAAAAAUAUUUUUUUUUACUUUACAUUUCCUUUAUUUUCAUCAUUUAUUUUUUUUUCUCUUUUCUUUCAUUUUCUUUUCUGUUUUUUUCUUUUCUUAUUCAUUUCUGUUUACUUUCUUCGUUCUUUCUGUUUUCUUCUUUCUUUCUGUUUUCUUUCUUCUUUCUUGCUGUAUUCUUUUCUUUUCUUUUUUCUUUUCUUUCUUCUUUUUUCUAUUUUUCUUCUUCAUUUCCUUUUUUCUGUUUUCUUUAACCUUCUUAUGUGUCGUCUUUAUUCUUCGUUUUUUUCUUCUUCAUUUCUGUUUACUGCUGUCUUCUAUUCUGUUUUCUUUCUUCUUCCUUUUUUUCUUUCUUAUUCAUUUCUGUUUUCUUUCUUCUUUCUUUUUGUUUUAUUUUUUUUUCUUUUCUGUUUUCGUCUUCUUCAUUCCUGUUUUCUUUCUGUUUUCUUUCCUGUUUUCUUUCUUAUUCUCUUCUGUUUUCUUCUUCCUUUCUGUUUUCUUUCUUUUUUUAUUUCUGCUUUCUUUCUUUUCCUUUUCUGUUUUCUUUCUUUUUUAUUUCUGCUUUCUUUCUUUUCCUUUUCUGUUUUCUUGUUCCUUCUUUUCUGUUUUCUUUCUUUUUUCUUUUCUGUUUUCAUUCCUCUUCCUUUUUAUUUUACACUCAUAUUUAUAUUUAUAUUUCUUUGUAUUUUUUCUUUUUCUUUUUCAUUACAUUUUUUCUUUCGUCUUCUGUAUUCUAUCCGUUUUCUUCUUUUUAAAUUUUUUCUUUUUUAAUUUCUUUUUCAUAGUUUCUUUUUUGUUUCUUUCUCCUUUUCUUUUUUUCUACUGUUUCCUUUUUUUAUGUUUCUUUUUCAAAGCUUCUUUUUUUUUCUCGUUCAGUUUUCGAAGGCAGUCAAAGUUCGUUUAUUCGUUAAUUCAGUGUUAA